CAGGUUUAUUUUCGACCCUCGUUCUUUAUUUUUCACAUGUUUGUGUUCCAUUUAUUCAUAGUCUAACAUUUUGUCGUAUAUAAGUGCGAGCUUUUAUUUUUGGGGUAACAUAUCGGUCAAAGGUUUAGUAAUGCACCUAGCAUGAAAACGUGUGUAACUUUAAUCAUGUUUGUCCUUGAAAAUGUAAGGCUUAUCUUAUAUAAAGGAUGCCCCAUACUUUUUUAUAACCCAUGCAACACUUCCUGUUAUUUUUCUUCCCACAUGUCUACCAUUACUAUCUCCCAUGAGCGUGCAUCUCACAUACACUUUUAUUUUCUCUAUUAUUAUUUCAGAAGUAUAAAUUGUACUUGAAAAGAGUCAACCCAAACCCACUUGGUGAUGCAUGUGUAAGAUGGAACGAUUUCAUGAACAUUCAGGAGAGUUUUAUGCAUAACCAUGAACAUGAAAGGUGGGGUGUGUCCUUAGGUGGCAUCGCCUCCUGGAGUCCCAACCAUUACGGUGAAGCGGGUCACUUAGGUCAGCAUAGAAACACCCAGAGCAGUAUGUCCAUGGGUUCAUUAAUCAAUGGUGCUAGAAUGCCGGUGUAUUUGGUUCCACAGACACCCUAUAUGGGAAGAUUUUCUGGCUUCAAUGAGCACAUAGUUCCAUUCAUCAUACCUGGCAACCCAAGCUCUAUACUGAUAUUGAAUGCAAAUGACAAUGUUCCAAUGGCAGCACCUCAGUUCGUUUACAGUGACCCCAUCACUACCUUAGUGGCAGGCUUCAGUGAGCAGAUGGCGCCAUUCAACAUAGAAAGCAACAUGGGCUCGGUUGGAAUGAUGUUAAAUGGCAAGUCUACACAUGGUACAGGAAGAACAUCAGUGGCAGAGGCUGCUAUGGUUAACUACGGAAGAACUAGUUCUGCACUUUCCAACCAUCAAACAGAUGGUUUCGUCCCAUUGACCGAGAUGCAUGAUGUCGGUUAUGCAUCUGGCAUUCUCCAUGUGCAAGAAGGAACAAUGGAUCAGCAAGUGCUUGGUGGUCAACUGAAUGGCAUCAAUGCCUUGUCAUCGGGUGGUAUUUCCAACCUUCUCAAUGAAGAUUUCAUUGGAGAGGAUGCUGUCAUGGAUGGAUAAUGACAGUUAUGUUGGUUAACCCAACCUACACGCGAGAUUUUUUCGCAUGUUUGUUGGGAACUUUUAAUUGGCCAUUCCCUUGUUCUUGCACACUGUACCUUGAAACUAUGUGAAUUAUUGUAGUCUAGUUAGAAGUACAGUCGUGUCGGGGCUUCUAUUUUACUCUAGCUUUUUAAUAAGUCUGUUGUCUUUUGAGAACAAAAUGAUGUUCGGUUAUGUUAUUUCUGAUGUAACCAUUAAUUAUUGUUCUAUGUAUUAUCGAUGUGAUGUUGCAUCUUUUCCUGAGAAAACAUUUCAAGGUAAAAA